AUGAAACGGGGUCAUGUUUCGGCUCCUCAAAAUACAUUUAUUGAUACAAUUAUUCGUAAAUUUGACUCACAAAAUCGACGUUUUCUUAUAUCCAAUGCUCAAUUGGUUAAUAAACCAAUAAUCUAUUGUAAUGAUGCAUUUUGCGAAUUAACUGGUUAUUCACGUUCAGAUAUAUUACAAAAAUCUUGUACAUGUGAAUUUUUAUAUGGCAAUGAAACAAAUGAAAAAUCUAUUAAACAAAUUCGACAUGCAUUACAAGGAAGUGAUGAAAAAGAAGUCGAGAUUAUUUUAUAUAAAAAUACUGGCAUUAAAUUUCGAUGUUCGGUUCUUAUUGCACCGGUGAAAAAUGAAUCAUGCGAUAUAAUUCUAUUUAUACUUGAAUUCACUGAAAGCAAUGAUCGUAAUCGUCCACGACGAAUUCCUAAAAUUCAUGAAUAUUCAAUUAGUCCAACAAAUGGUAUACGUAAACGGUCAUGGCUACAACUGUUUAAUCCUUUAGGAAAACAUAAGCCAUCGCCAACAAAUGAAUUAACACCAGGAGAUGGAAGCGAUUUUGAAGGUUCUAUAUCAUCGCCUGAUACAAGCGGUUAUACAGCUUUGAAUCAUAAAAAUACAACAACCAUUCAUUUGGAUGAAACAAUUCCAGGAACAACAAAAACUUUCCCAACUGAUUAUAAAAUAAGCCAACAAUUAUCGAUAAGUUCAAAUAAUUUAUUAAAACCUGAUAGUAAUCCUUGGAAUGCAAGUAAUAGUGAUGUUGAAUUAAUGAGAACUAAAUCUCAAAGUAUCAGUAAUAUAGCCGAAACUGUUAUUAAAAAAGAAACAAAAGAUUCAAAAGUUAAAUGUUCAUUUUUACCAAAUAUUCCACGUCAUAUAGCCCAAAUUUUAUCAUUAGGUGAAGAUGCAGUGCCUGAUUUUCGUUUACCUGAUAGUCGUCGUAUACCGCGCACAAUUAUUCUUCACUAUUCACCAUUUAAAGCAGCAUGGGACUGGUUAAUAUUAUUACUUGUUAUUUAUACAGCUAUUGUUACACCAUAUACAGCUGCUUUUCUAAUGCAUGAAGAUGGACCAAAUAAGCAACGUUCACGUCCAUCACGUGCAUUGAAUGUUAUUGAACUUAUUGUUGAUGUUAUGUUUAUAAUUGAUUUAUUGGUAAAUUUACGGACAACAUACGUUAAACAUAAUGAAGAAUUAGUAACACGUGCAAGUAAAAUUGCAAAACAUUAUUUAAAAGGAUGGUUUCUAAUUGAUGUAACAGCUGCUAUACCAUUUGAUAUUUUAUUUUCAUUAAUACAAACAAAAGGUGGUGGUGAAUCAACAGUAUUAAUGGGUUUAUUAAAAACUGCGCGCUUACUAAGAUUAGUACGUAUAGCAAGAAAAUUAGAUCGUUAUUCUGAAUAUGGCAUUGGAGUUUUAAUUUUAUUAACUGCUACAUUUGCUCUUAUUGCACAUUGGCUUGCUUGUAUAUGGUAUGCUAUUGGUCGUCUUGAACGAAAUACUCAUGGUACUGAAAGAACGAUUGGUUGGUUAGCUGAAUUAGCUAAUCAUACACAUCAGUAUUAUAAUGAUUCGGAUCCAACAUCUGGAUUACGUAUAACAUGGCUUGAUGAAUUAGCACGUACAUCAGGUCAAUCUUAUAAUUGUACAUCAAUAAUAUCUACAAACGAAACAGUAUCAACAUCAAUAAAUUUAAAAUCAUGUUUUGGUGGACCUAAUCUUCGUUCAAGAUAUAUUACGGCACUUUAUUUUACAUUUUCAUCUCUUACAUCAGUCGGAUUUGGCAAUGUCAGUCCUAAUACAAAUAUGGAAAAGAUAUUUUCCAUUUUUGUUAUGUUAAUCGGAUGUGAGGAAGAAUUAUCGCCAUGUAAUUUCAAUCUAUUGUGUUUUAUAGCUCUGAUGUAUGCCAGUAUUUUUGGUAAUGUUAGUGCUAUUAUUCAAAGAUUAUAUUCGGGUACAGCACGCUAUCAAAUACAAAUGUUAAGAGUAAAAGAAUUUAUUCGUUUUCAUCAAAUACCAAAUCCUCUUCGACAACGACUUGAAGAUUAUUUUAAUCAUGCAUGGAAUUAUACAAAUGGUAUUGACAUGAAUAUGGUGCUGAAAGGCUUUCCAGAAUGUUUACAAGCUGAUAUAUGUUUACAUUUAAAUAGUGUAUUGCUUAAAAAUUGUCCUGCAUUUAAAGAUGCUAGUGAAGGUUGUUUGCGUACAUUUUCAAUGAAGCUAAAAACAACUCACGCACCACCUGGUGAUAUAAUAACACAUCGAGGUGACAUUUUAACAUCAUUAUAUUUUAUUUCACGUGGUUCAAUUGAAAUAUUAAAAGAUGAUAGUGUCGUUGCUAUUCUUAGUAAAGAUGAUAUUCUUGGAGAAAACCCUGUAUUAUAUAACGAACCAGGAAAAUCCGCCUUUAACGUUCGUGCAUUGACGUAUUGUGAUUUACAUAAAAUAUUACGUGAUGAUUUACUUGAAGUUAUUGAUAUGUAUCCUGAAUUCGCACAAAGUUUUUGUCGUAAUUUAAAAAUUACUCUUACACUACGUGAUGAAGAGCUCGUUUCAAAAUCAAAUGAAUGUCGAUCAAAAUAUUUACCAAAUCCAAAAAAUUAUCGAGAAAGUAAGUAUUGA